GGAAGAUGUUUUUCCACUUCAUACUCGGUCUAUUGGCGACCAAUCUCUUAACGCCAAUAUAUGGACUUCACUGCGGAAAGCUGCUGGAAAACCAGCUGUACAGCCGGAACGAGAUCACCGCUCCGGAUGAGUACCCCUGGAUUGGUCGAGUGGGCUAUGUCACGGAGAACGGAACCUCGUUUCCUUGCUUUUCGGUGCUGAUCCACCAGCGCUAUGCCAUCCUGACCGCCUUCUGUGCCCUGUCUAACGCCGAGUUCGAUGAAUCGUUCAUUCUGUUUGGGAAUUGGCGCGAAAACGAGAGCUUCGAAGUGCGUGAUUGUCGUCGCGAAGGGAACAUCUUCCAGUGUGCUGCCGCGCCGCAAAAGGUGGAUAUCAGUGAGCUGGUGGUGCAUCCGGAGUACAAAAACGACAUCAAGCACAACAUUGCAUUGGCCAAGUUGGGGCGGGAUGUGGAGUUUACGGACUAUGUGCAGCCCAUAUGCUUGCCACCCGUCCCAGAAAACGAUGGCAGCCACAUCGCCCAGAGGCUGGAGAUCGCGGGAUUCAGACGACCUUUGUGGGAGGGUCAGAAGGCGGAUGAGGAGGGCGAGUGGCGCAGGAAGGUGCAUGUGUUCAUGGCAAGUAGGGAGUUCUGCAAAUCGGUCGCCUACCCCGACUGGCAAAAUCUGUCGCGGAAUCAUCUUUGUGCUUUGGGCGAGGAGGAAAAAACCCUUUACUUUGGAUCGCCGCUGAUGGGAAUCGAAGUCGUGGAUGAAAAGCCAAGGAACUUCUACCUUGUCGGCAUACCAAUCUCAUACAUGUUACUUAAUUCACCGAAAAACCUGACUAUGCAAAUAUUUACCCGCAUUUCACCAUACAAGAAAUGGAUUUUAAAAAAUAUUGCUGUGAUCUGACGUCCUUUUAAAUCGCGGAUCGAUGUUAUGUUUAAGAUAAGUUAAAUCUUUUCAGGUAAUCGAAAAAAGUAGCAAAAGUAACUCUUCAUGAAUUUAAGGUUUGUAUUUAUUUUUAAAAUAACCUUGCGCAUAAAUUGCUUAACAAAGCGUUUUCAAAUUGGGUUUAAUUUAUAGAUAUAUUUAAACAUUUGGUGUUUGCAGAAUUAACAGAUUUCUUUACUUGUUAAAUUAUUUGUCAGCUCAUAAUCAAACAUAGAUUAUAAGAUAUAAAUAUUUAUAAUAUAAAUAAAACAAUGAUGCUAUUAUUAAAGCAAUUAAGCAAGUGUAAGUAUGGUGGCGGACUUUAUAAUUUAA